AUGGAGAAGGAGAAUCCAUCAAUUGGGACUACUCCAACAGUAGGUGCUGCUCCAUCAGCAGGAAAUGCUCCAAGUCCAACAAUGGGGUCUGCUCCAACAACCCAAAGUGCUCCAACAGUAGGUGAAAGUGCAAGUGCUCCUCCUAUCCAAACAAGUCCCAAUGUAGGAGUUGAAAAUGAGGUAAUAUCGAAGUCAAAUCAUACUUCUGUUGAGGAAAAUAUUGAGGUAAAUUCCAGAAACAAUAGGAAACACAAAUCACCUGUAUGGGAUCAUUUUGAAGAGAAGUACGUUGGUGGGAAACGGAAAGCAAUGUGUCCCGAUUGUAAGACUGGGACUAAGCAUUUGCUUGACCAUAUGAAGUCAUGUUUGUAUAAGAAACAAAAGACCAUAAACCAAUCUAUAUUGAAUCCUACAAAAUCUAAUGAUGGGUCGAUGAAGCCUGGUACUUACACUUUCGACCAAAAUCAAGCGAGGGAAGAGCUUGCAAAUAUGAUUGUGUUGCAUGACUACCCACUAUCUAUGGUUCAACAUGUGGGCUUUAAAAGGUACUCUCAUGCUUUACAACCAUUAUUUAGAGUGGUUUCACGAGAUACAAUCAAGAGUGAUAUCAUUAGGAUUUUUGAGUAUCAAAGGGAUAAAACAAUGAAAUUAAUGGAAUCAAAUGGAAGCCGAAUUACAUUGACAACCGAUAUAUGGAUGUCGAGUAAUCAAAGAAGAGGAUUCAUGGCCAUCACUUCACACUUCAUUGAUGCUUCAUGGAAAUUGCAAAGUCGUCUUGUGAGAUUUAUAUAUGUUCCUUGUCCACAUACUGCUGAGGUGCUUGCAAAUGCUUUCGUUGAUUGCUUGUUGGAUUGA